UUCAAUUGCUGUCAAAUAGGUAUUAGGGGUUAGAGCUGCAUACAUAGAUACAUAGAAUCAAGUGCGUAGUGUCAUUCAAGGUUAUUUAUAAUUUCAUCGCAAUACUCUCGAUUAGACGAUUCGCAAAAAUAUGUAACACAACCCGAAGACAGUCUGACAGUCAAAAUGUUGAGAUCAGUGCGUAUUUUAUACUUGGGAAAUCCCGGGGCUCUCAAUCUCCACACAAGCUGUGCGAAAUGCAAGGAGAGCACCAAAAACGAGUUCACUGUCAAAUUGGCAACCGGGCCGACGCUCCACGACUUUGUUUCAGAUACUACGAGUAAUUAUGAAGGAAAGCUGAAACUGGAAAAAGGGGAAAAAAACCGACUCCGACUACCACCAUGGUUGAAAACCGAAAUACCUAUGGGGGCUAAUUACAGCAAGCUAAAAUCUCAACUUCGUCAAUUAAACCUGAGCACUGUAUGCGAAGAGGCACGUUGUCCCAAUAUCGGAGAAUGCUGGGGUGGUGGCGAACAUGGAACUGCAACAGCCACUAUCAUGCUCAUGGGAGACACGUGUACUCGCGGAUGUCGCUUUUGUUCGGUUAAAACUGCACGGACUCCACAACCCCCUAAUCCUGACGAACCAGUCAACACGGCAGUAGCAAUCGCAGACUGGGGUUUAGACUACGUUGUCUUAACAUCAGUUGACCGUGAUGAUUUACCAGAUGGGGGAGCAAACCACAUAGCAGCUACGGUUGUAGAAAUUAAAAAGCGGAGACAAGAUAUGUUGGUCGAAUGUUUAGUACCAGACUUCAGAGGUAAUCAGGAAUGCGUAGCAAAAAUAGUUGAAUCGAAACUUGAUGUUUUUGCCCACAAUAUUGAGACUGUGGAACGUCUAACACCUUUUGUUCGUGACAGGCGUGCACACUAUAGACAGUCGCUGAGCGUUUUAGAAGGUGCGAAGAAUAAGAAUACAAAUUUGAUAACCAAGUCAUCGAUAAUGUUAGGAUUGGGGGAAACUGAACAAGAAAUUAAACAAGCCAUGCAAGAUAUGCGAAUAGCUGGAGUGGAUGCUUUAACUCUGGGACAAUACAUGCAGCCAACAAAACGACACUUAAAAGUCAUCGAAUAUGUAACACCAGAGCAAUUUAAAGCAUGGGAGAGUGUAGGAAAUGAUUUAGGCUUUCUGUACACAGCAAGUGGCCCAUUGGUGAGGUCUUCUUAUAAAGCUGGUGAAUUUUUCUUGACAAACAUAUUGAAGUCACGUCAAGCUGAAUCUAUUACACAAGAUUCAGCUACCUAACUAAUUAUAUCCUGAAUUUUAUAGCUGGUGCAAUGAUUACAUAGUAAUGUAUAUAGAAGGAAGUUAUUUAUACAAGUUGAAAGCCAUUAAUAAUCAUUGUAAAUUAAAUUUAUUCCAAAAGGGUGACACGCAACAUUUUCUAACUUCUACUUUUAAUAAUCAUAGCAAUAAUUAUUUCCGAACCUGCCAUACUCUUUCGGUUACGUUCCCACAAGCGAAUAGGUAGCUUGAGCAGGGUAGGGUAGGAAUGGAUUAGUAACCAUCAUGUAUUGCAUAGCCGAAUCUUUUUUAGUCAGUUCUUAAUAAUUAUUCACGCGAGGAAUUACACAUUUCUAUUUUUACUGAUAAUCUUAUAAUCACAUACCAUGAAAAGUUGAAUUAUCUUGAUUAAUUAAAGUGCACAAACUCUGGAAAUAUACCAUUUUAUUUCCUAAUUAUGUUAUUACAAAAGCUUAUUCAAAUAAAUGUUGCUAUAUUUUCAAUACAAUUUUCAGUUUACCAACAAGACUGAUAUCAAGUUAUCAUAAAGAUGAAAAUCCUUGCUGCCAACGGAGAAAACGACUUUAUUCCGGUGUGAUUAAUAACAUUUUUUUA